UUUCGGCGGGAAACGGGAACGGGACAGUUGCUUUCUUCAUUGGGUAAUCUAAAUAAUUAAUACGAAGUGGUGUUUUGUGGUUAAUGAUCGCAUUAAGUUAGUCGGAAGACAUUCGCGAGUGUUAUUAUAUUGGAGUAUUCAAUAAACAAAGUGUAUCUGCCUAUUUUCGCUUCGUGCCGGGAAGCCGCUUCAUAACUCAAAAGUUUAUGCGGACUUUUGAGUUAAUUCGUUUGGGGUUCGGAGUAGGAGUCUACUCCGAGGGUGGGGGCUUAGGUUUCAUCAUCAUCACCUUUCAUCAUUUCAUUAAUCAUCAAGAAAAAAAAUACGUCAGACAUGGCUGUAUGGGCAUAGUUCCCUUUGCCUUACCCUUCGGGGAAAACCAAAACAAAAAAAAAAAAAUUGACGUUGUUCGUUGACUUGUUUGUGUUUUGGGAUUCGCAUUAUUUAUAUUUUAUUUAAUUCAAAGGGUGUUAUUAGUAUCCUACAGUGGAGAUUAAUAUGGCACAAACUGAAGAUACUGAAUUGAGAGAUUUAGUGAUUGAAGCUUUGGAAAAAAACGGAUCCCUUGCCAAAAUUCGUGCGCUACUAAGAGCGAAUGUUUUUUUGGUUUUUGAAGAUGAAUACGAAAAUAUAAAGCAAAAUGUGAGCUUAGACAAUAUUCUGAAAUUGCCGGAAGGCUCCCUAUGUUUGUCUAUAGUUCAUGAUUUUCUGGAAUUUUGCAAUUUGAAAAACACCUUAUUUGUAUACAAGGCCGAAUCUCGACAGAGGAAAGAUUACAACUAUGAAGGGCAAAGAAAGUUAGCUGAAAAAUUGAAUUUGCUAAGAAAUGACAACAUUCAAGAACCAAUACUGAUAACACUUCUAAAACAGGUUUUGCGAUCAAGUCAUCACAAACUAUUGGACCAAAAUGAUUUAUGUAAUUUUAAGAGCCAAGAAAAAUCCACUGAGAAUAUAUUCAAGGAUGAUCAAAACUGUACCUAUAUAGUGCAUGAAGACUCUAAUACCAGCACCACUAGCAACUCACAAUCGGACAACUCCUCUGAUGAGAAAAACAAGUUGCACUUGCGACUGCAGCUUGAUAACUCCGACACAGAUACCUCCAGUGACUCAACUAGAGACAAAUUCAGUUCAGAAUACAUUCCUAAUGAGCAUAAUAUCAUAGAUUCCGAUAAAGAAAAAACUGAAAGCAUUUAUUUGUCAAACCCUAGUGCCAAGAUGAAAAUUGAAAAUAAUUCAAAUAUUUACACUGACAAUAGACCUAAAUCAAAUUAUUUACAAGAACUAAAAUUACUUAAUAAUAAUAGUAGUAGUGAAUCUACAUCCUAUAUUGAAUUAAAGCCAUAUAAACCUUUAGAUGAAAAAUUGAUAAAUACUGCAGGUGUACCAAUUAUGGAAUUAGAUGAGAAGUUGCCCAGUCCCACAUCAGUCACUAGACCACAUCCUAAGUCAUUUGCAGAAGAGCAUACAUUACCUUCUAAUAUAAAUAAAAAUGACUCAGUAUCUUCUGCAACACUAAGUAGUGGUUCUAUGAAAAAUGAAGAAGCUGGAACAAAUCCAAAACAAGAACGAACAUCUGAUGUAGACUCUGUUGAAUAUAGCAAUGACUUUACAUCAUCACAUGUUACAAAGAAUAAGGAACUUACAGAUAAGCCACCUCCUUCUCCAGAAUCGGUGCAAGAAGAACUUGAAGCUAAAGCACCAAAAAAUUCUUCUUUUGAAAGUCAGAACCAGAACUCACAAAGCUCUCGAAGCUCAGUAUCAAUAUCAGAUGUUGCAGAUUUGAUUAGUGAGAAGAGUUUGUCCUUCAGUAACCAGACAAAUGACAAUAAUUCUGCAGAAAAUAACAAGAGUUCAAGCAAAAAAUCUAAAAAAUCAUCACAACAUGAAAGAAGUAAGAUAAGUGAUGAUUCUGCAGAGUUUUCUGAAUCUCCAAUACCAUCAUUAUCUAAUCUAAGCCUUGAUAUUCACAGUGAUUGAAAGAAACUUGCAUUUUCUGUAUGCAUAAGGCUGUUAGUGUACAUUAAGAUACCAAUCAGUCAUGUUUUUAAGACACCUGCAAAAGUGUAGCAUUGCCGUUUAGGCUUUUAAAAUUGCACUUAGUCAUCUACUUUAGUGUUCACUCAUUUGAGCAUAAAAAGGGCUUACUGUCAGAUACUCCUAUUGAAAUAAUGAACAUUAUGUGUUAACAAACAUAAAUUUAAAUGGAUAAAAUCUGACUCAGACAGGAUUCAAAUCCACAGCUCUUGUCAAGCUGGGACAAGCAUGAUAAUGUUUACACCACUGGGUCCUCCUCCUGUCCAUGUGAAAUUGUCAUUAGACCAAUUAUGUGUCAAUCUAAUAACUGACAAUUAUUAUUGUAAUUCAGCAGAAGUGAUAAACUCAUAAGUCAUACUUUGGGCUCAUAUGAUUUUUCUUUUCUUAACUACGUUAUUAGGUUGAUCAUAAAAAGUAGAGUAGUCAUCAUAGAAGCUGUGUUUUUUAAGGUCUGGAAAUAUUUACACAAGGUAGCAAAAAGUGGGUUACACCAAUCAUGCUGUUCUUUUUACCUUUUGAUUGUUCUUUUAUGUUUUAUAAUACCAAAUGAUAAUAAAAACUAAUAUUUCAGGCCCUCAGCUUCAUUUUGUGCUACUGUCAAUAUGUCACUAUACACACUGUCACUGUAUACAGUAUAAAGUUAUACUGUAUAUUAUAAUACUGUAUAACUUUAUAUACUAUUUUUAUUAUACUUUACAGUGUAUGUAUAUAACAUCUGCCUUUCGUCAAAACUGUAUUAUUUUAUGGCCUGAAAACCAAUAUAUCUUAACAAAUAAGUUCCUUGUGUGCAAGAUGUGAAAUAUGGUUUUGUAUUUACAGAGAUUGAUAAUAGAAAAUAAUUAUUAUUACAGUAAUUUUGUGGAAUUAACCUGUACAUAAUAUUUAAAUAUGUGCUAACUUUUUAAGGUAAUUAAGCUUAUUUUCAAGAUUUGCUUGUUUUAACUUUUCUUCAAAAUGUGUAUGUGAUUGACAAAACAGUUAAGUUUUUGUGAGAAAAAAUAAUAAUUAGCAGAUUGUAGUUCUAGGACUAAAAUUCAAGACGUGUUAUGUUAGGUGAAAUGGUUGUGCCUUAUUUGAUGUCAACAAAAUGAUUACUUCAAUGGUUCCUUACAAAUGAUAAAUAAAUCUAGUCCUGUUAUAAAAUGUUUAAACUGGUUCCGUCCAAAAUUGCUCCAUUUUCUUGAUUGCUUCAGCAUAGUACUCAUGCAUUUAUGACUUAGAAUAAGGCUUAUAGAAAUAAAGAAUUUCAUUGAAACAAAA